AUGACAGAAAUAGUGACAUAAAAGCCAGAAAACUUGCAAAACGAUAUACAAGAUCUAAAGGUACAAGAGGACAAUUCAAAAUUAGAAAUCGAAAAAAAUGUAAAAGAUCCAGAAAUCAAUUCAAGUGAAGAUGAAGAAGAAGAUUCUCAGAAAAUAAAGCUUUAACCAAAAGCAUAAAACAAGAAGAAAAAUAAAAAGAAAAAUAAAAAAAAAGUUCAAAAAUAAGAUGAUGAUACUGAUUAUGAAGUAGAUGUUAAAAAAAAGCUUUAACUUCUCAAUUAUUGA